CAGCUAACGAUCAGAUUCAAUGAAUCAGCAGCUCCUCCCAAUCUCAGAAGCCCAACCAUAUUCCUCCCCUGGCAUCGGUUCCAGAUUAUUAGAACGUCCCCAGAGUCGAUCUGCCACGGUUUGGAACUAGGUUUGGUCGUACCUUAUCAGGCCACCCGCCCCAUGAAUCCUGGAAUAUCAACCAAGGGCAGCUACCCCGGAUUGACCAGCAAGCUUCCAUCAAGACCCGAUGACAGACACAAAAUUGAGCACGCUCCCCUCGGCUAGUCGAGAGUUCACUAGUGAUCCCAUGACUUCACCUUUUUUGUCGCGAGUAAUUAAAGCUACCAGUCUACCCUGCCCAAUGAGCCUAGGUUAUGGAUUAUCUUUCUGAUGUCAAGACUUAAUAUUUUGGGUGUAGUUGCACGCUAUUUAAGUUGGCUGUGAUGGCGAAUUUUGAUGCGUGAUGGAGGGAAGGAGUUGUAGCUAGUACCUGCGCUACACAGUGCUCUACCGAGAAACUACACUAUUGAGUGUCUCUCUCUAAUAUCUAUCUAUCUAUCGAUAGUCUCCCUAAGGGGGCACAUUCAUCGUCAUGUCCACCACAUCUAAGAAGAAUACUAUGGGCAUCACAGUUGAAGAAGUCAGGAAGCCUGAACCUGAGCUUGGGGGUCAAAAUCACAGUUCUCCUAGCCUGGAGGAGCUCAUCGAGGAGGUCCCUCCUACGGAGGACUCGCCGAGUUUGAUUGAGACUAUUGGGUAUUUGCUUUCUAUUCAAGACGGCUAUGGACCGCCGGAUUCAACAUGGGAUGUGGAGGAUUUCGAUUGAAAAGUUAUCUGAUGUUCUAAGGUUAUGUUACAAGACGGUGAUGAUAUUAUGGGUGGCUCCGGAUUAGCUAUUACCCCGGGUUAGCGCUUGGUGCUCGAUAAUGUUUCUUCUCCAUAUAACGAACGAAUAAGAUGUACUCUAAACACAGACCCUCUUACCGAAUUUGUCAAGAGAGCCUUCACAAAGAUCUUGGUUUUAU